GCAUGAAAGACGGAGACACGUCCAGUUUGGGCGGAGCGGAAAGUGUGAAAGUAAAGGAGAAGGUGAGCAGGGAAUGAGUGGGAGCAACAUAAACUCGGUAUUCUACGCAUCGUCGUACCAUCCAAUCCAAGCCGGAAGCAUAGACGGCACCGAUAUUCUGCCACACGACAAUGCCGUUUAUCGUGCCCAUCUCUGCUCCUCCGCUGGCCUCUAUGAUCCUUUCGGCGAUCCCAAGGUCAUCGGAGACCCUUAUUGCACCGUUUUCGUGGGUCGGCUUUCCCACCUCACAACUGAAUACACUCUUCACAAGGCUAUGAGCAAGUAUGGUCGGGUGAAGAACUUGCGCUUGGUUAGGCACAUUGUAACUGGUGCCUCUCGUGGCUAUGCUUUUGUUGAAUAUGAAACAGAGAGGGAGAUGUUGCGUGCAUACAAGGAUGCUCACCAUUCUAUUAUAGAUGAUUGUGAAAUUAUAGUUGAUUAUAAUAGACAACAGUUAAUGCCAGGCUGGAUUCCGAGAAGGUUAGGAGGAGGCCUUGGUGGCAAGAAAGAAUCGGGACAACUUCGUUUCGGAGGGCGAGAAAGACCAUUUAGAGCUCCCCUACGACCAAUCCCAUACGAUGAUUUGAAGAGGCUUGGCAUUCCACCUCCACCAGAAGGAAGAUACAUGUCUAGAUAUCAGGUGCCCUCUCCACCCAGAAGAGAGAGGAGCUCGGUAGACAGAGAAGAAGGCUCUCGCCGAAGAAGAUCCAUGGAGAGGGAAAGACAUGCUCGUAAAAGCAGUUCUGUGGACAGGGAAGAAAGGAGUAGGAAGAGGAGGAGCUCUAGCUCCAUGGACCAGGAAGAACACUCUCAUAGAACCUCCAUCGAGAAGAAGGAAGAGCAACACUACACCGAAAGGACUUCUAGGGACCGGGAUGAUCGUUCUUACAGUAGGAAACCUGUGGAGAGGGAAGAACACUACGACAAGAGGGAGCACUCUCACAAGAAAAGCCACAAGGACAGGGACCGAGACCAUUCUCACAAGCGGCGAAAAUGAGAUCCAAGAGGGGAGUGUUUUUGUAAUUAUCUUUUAAAAAUAUGAAGGCAUUAACAAAAUUUGUAAAACAAAUGAUGUGGUACUGUGGUUUUCUCUGUUGAAAAUCUUUAUCAAAUCCAAUGUUUGAUCAUAGAAUUACAAGAA